GUGAAAACAACCUACCAGUAUCCCUCAGUAUCUUCUCAAGAUGCACCAACUCGUUUUCCUUCAACCAAGUUUGAAAAGGAGUUUCUUCCUCGGAACUAAGUUGUGAAAAUGUUGUCUUCAAAGCAAUGUAUAUUACAAUGAAUAAAAAAAGCCUUGAAAAAUAUUUAAAGACAGUUGUUGUAUCAUCAGCCAUACUAGAAGGUCAUCAUUAGUUUAUCCUGAUAUCCAAGACGAGUUCUCCAGAUCCAGCUGGCUCAGCUCAGCAGUACGCAUCCAGCUGCAGUCUAGCUAGCUUGGUCGAUCCGAUAUCCGCCAGCUGCAGUUGCCAUGCUUUCUUUGCAUGCAGCUAGCUAGCUAGCUAGCGCGCAGUUUCGGGGGAAUUCGUGUGGCGUUCUUUGAUCCAGAUUCAAAUUAAGACGCCGCAUCAGACUCCAGAGUCUAACUUUAGUCCGGCUCAAUCAGCUCAUUAAUCAACGCGAUCAGCAAGGUGCAGUUUGAUUGUGAGAUUCCGUACGAUCCUGCCAAUCCCAACAGGCAACAUGUCUACAAACUCUGCCGUGAGCUCAGCAUUCGAAUCAUUGUGGACACCUAUAAAAUCCGAAGAUGAGCAGAGCAAGGGUCUUCGAGGAUAUGUUGGAACUCUAGAAGAAGCGCUGGUAGUUUUGAAGGCGUAUGAGCUUGCAUCAUCCUUGAAAAUCAACAAAAAUUUUGAAACUUCUUCUGGACUUGGUGACAAUUGUUUAAGAAAUGCAUCCAAGAAAGUCUGCUUUCUAGACCGUCAGGAUGGUACGAUUCCUGCGGAUGGUGUCCCUUUCAUGACUGUUCGUCAUAUCUCUUAUGCAUGCGAGUAUGGUCGGGACAAAAAUGCUAAAAGUAGAAGGUCUGCGAAAGAGGAUAGGGAAAAAAUGCUCAGGGGUGAGUCACCAUCACAGAGACGCUACAAGAGAAUCAAACGCCCAGAAUCCAAAAAACUGGGAUGUAAGGCUGUUGUACAUGUGAAGCAGACAGCAAAGUUCAUUGACUAUACGGAUAUUAAGAAUGGCUAUCAGAAGAAGAAGGCAAGUGAGGCGAUCAGGGGUGCACUACUGAAAGGGGAAAACCCAGCCAUCGAGACAAGAUUUUACAUCAGGCUUCCAAGCAGAGAGGAGCAUCUAGAAACACAUGAUAUAGGCGAGUAUACUGUUCCAAAUAGGAGUCUAUUGGAGGGUGCAUUGCUAAACCGGGCUGUCAGCAGUAAACCUUUGAGGAAUCCAUUUACCAAUAAGGGUAGUGGAAUGACCUGUCAUGCCCUCAGACUAAGACCCGGGGAGGAGCUGAGGGGGAAACUCUUUGAAUACGUCCAAAACCAUGGCCUCAAGGCGGCAUUCAUCUUGACGUGUGUCGGCAGCCUCCAGACGGUGUCUCUAAGAAUGGCUGAUUCAGUGACGAUGAUGCAUAUUGAGAAGAACCUUGAGAUCGUCUCCCUGGUUGGAACGCUGUCUGGAGGACAUGGGCACCUACAUAUGAGCUUAUCAGAUGAACUUGGCAAUGUUGUUGGCGGUCAUCUUCUCGGCGACGCUGUGGUGUUCUCAACGGCAGAAGUGGUGAUUGGAGAGAUCCCUCACCUGUCGUUUUCCAGAGAGCCAGAUCCAGAAACUGGUUACGAUGAGCUUGUUAUAGAAAAGAGAUAGUAUUUGUACAUCCUGCCAUCUUGAUCUACCAUUGAAGGUUUACUCUAUACAUGUAGACUGAUUAAAUGAUAUGGGUCCAACAAAGUUAUUUUUGCUUGUGCUUAUGAUACCAAGUUAUGAAAAGUUAAAAGAGAAAUGCCAGUUGUGGGAACGAUCUCAAAAUGAGUUCGAGAAGAAUCUAAUAAAAUGAUCACUCCAUGUUUGUAUGUGUAAAUAUAAUUUGUAUGUGCCAAAUGGCUCUGAAAAAAAUGUAUAAUUGCUGGGAAAUGAGCAAAUAUCCUGGAAUUCAAUAAAAUGUCUGGUAAUUUUCUAAGCAAUAUUAGUAGACUGUCCCACAUAUGCUUUUCUGUGUUAGUGAUCAUAAAUGUAGGUUUUCAGCUAGGAUUUCAUUUAAAAAAGGUUAGUUUAUGUUUUAUGAGUUUAUGAUUGUAAAGGCUUUCUCAUGAAAUAAUUGUUGGCGGCAACUACAUUCCUUUUCUCUGAGAUAUGAUUAUCUUGUCAAGAAAAGUACAAGAAUAUCUGUUUUUCAGAUUUAUAUUUUCCAAAGGGAAAUUUGAAAGAUAUGUAGUUUUUCAGCAUAUAAUUGCUUUCCUGUGAAUGCAUGGUUCUCAAAAGUUGAAGUAUGUCACAUGACAUAUUAUAGAACACCUAUGAUAUCAGAAAGAGGUAUUAAAAAUGGAAAGUAGAUAAUAUUUCCGUUAUAUUGAUAAGAAAUUCAAUUAAUUUUUUUUAUAGCAUUUGUGUAUUUUAUUUGCUGACUAAAGUCUAGUCAAAAUUUGAAUGAAGAGGCUAAAUAAUGUCCAAGUCCUACUUUAUUAUGUUGAUAUUUUUUACGAUUUCCCACGAUAAUGAGUGAAUGAUAGAAUAACAGCCAUUGAUAUUGCAUAUUUUUGAGAUUAUGUACUGUAUGAUUAAAAUGGAAUACCCACAUCACCCCCAAAAUUAAAUGCUUCAGGUUCUAUGGCCCAUUUUUUGCAUGCUUGGUUAUCAUAUUUAUCUUCAUAACACCAUUAAGGAUCAAUGGUACCGGUACUCUGUGAUCUUGGUAUCUGCAUAAACCUAAUACAACGUGGGCAAUAUUGUUGUCACAAUCGCAACUCCAUAACCUACAUAUUUAUCACUUAAUUGCACAUUCUUGUGCAAUUAUUGUUUACCAUGACCGUCAUACUCUCAAAAUAUGUACAAAUAUGGUUUGAUGUACUUUUUUUUCAGGAUCAUGUAGCAUGGUCUCAAAUAUUUGCUGUUAAUUUGUUUAUAUUUCACCCAAAUCAAUUAGGACAUUAGACACAUAAAACAAGGAUUCUCAAUAAGUGAUGAGUAUGUAAUUUGUAGCACAUCAGGCCCUUUUUAAUGGCCUAUGUAAGCAGCUAUUGAAAUUGAAAAUGUAUUUAGAUAAUUAUCAUAACUGUUUAAAAUAUUGUAUAUUGUUUACAAUAACAAAAGCAAUUUUGGCAAAAUUAAAUGGCCUCUUAUUUUAAAGCAUCCAGUGGGGGGAGAUCAGCUUCUGGAUUCCCAACCUAUGAACCCCCCCUCCCCCAUGCCGAGAUGUUUCCCUUGCUCUUCUAUCUCUGUAUAUGUUGGAUGCAGAACAGAUAUUGAAUAAUUGAGGACCCCUGGUUUUAAGUGACCUCUCUCCUGAAUGUCAACAUAUUGACUUGGAGUUCACUAAGAAUGUGAUAUUUUAAAAAGAUGCUGCUUUCAGUGUUUGGGUUCUUUGAUAAUUGAACAAAGUCUUGUUUUAAAUCAUCUACAUAUUCGUUGCAAAUUCAUGUAUUAUUGUUUGUAUAUAUUUUUCUUAUUUUAUUGUUUUUCUUUAUUCACAAUAACUGGAUCUGUUAGAGGUCAAGUCCAUCACAGAAAAAUGUUUAUUUGAAUAAAUUGAGAAAAAUCAAACUAGCAUAAUGCUGAUAUUUUCAUCAAAAUCGGAUGUAAAAUAAGAAAGUUAUGGCAUUGUUAAGUUUUGCUUAUUUUUCACAAAACAGUGAUAUGCAUAACUCAGUGACAUGCAAAUGAGUCAGUUUAUGAUGUCCCUCACUAUUUUGUUUGUAAUUUAUUUGAAUAUUAUAUUUUUUUACAGAUUUGGCAAUAAGGACCAACUGGACUGAACCAUAUAUGGUAUUAAAAAAUGCUAAUUCCACCUGUUCAGGGAGGAAUUACUCGUUGUUUCAACUUGACAAUGAGGGGAAAAUGAGAAUAUUCCAUAUUUCAUUAAAAAAUACAAAAGAAAUAGUGAGUGGAUGAUGUCAUCAGUCUCCUCAUUUGCAUACCAACCGAGAUGUGCCUUUAACUGUUUUGUGAAAUGAAGCGAAACUUUAAAAUGUCAUAACUUUCUUAUUUUACAUCCGAUUUUGAUGAAAUUUUCAGUGUUAUGCUUGUUGAAUUUUUCUCUUUUUAUUCAAAUCAAGUUUUUGUUGGGGUGGACUUGUCCUUUAAAGACACCUUAUUAUUGGGCCAUAUAAGACUUGUCAGGUACCUUCAGUUUUUAAAUGAUACCAAAGCAAAACUUUAUUUUAUAUCCGAUUUUGAUGAAAUUUCAGUGGUAUGCUUGUUCAAUGUUUCUCUUUUUAUUCAAAUUAACAUUUCUGUUGGGGUGGACUUGUCUAACUUUUCUUGUAAAUAAUAUCUUGUAAUUUUAUCGUUUUUGUUUUAUGAUUCAAUAAAAACGCAUGUAUAUUUAAAAAAAAUAA